CUCUGGGACGUAGCGCGAGAGAAAUCAGACGCCGAAGUUCGCUUCAAAACAAACGUCGCUCCCGUUAUAUCGGGUCGCUGCUUGCUGAGUGAAAAAAUGGCGUCGGGUUAAAGGAUUAAUGCAUUUUUUUCGCCUGGAUAUUUUCCCAAAGCAGUUGCUCUGAGCCUUUGGAGCGCUUAUAUGUAAAUAUAGACAUUUAAAGCGACUGUUAAUAAUGAACUGAUCAUCUGCACGGACUGUUAGCCACAAUGCUAACCGGCUAACUAGCUAAACAGCUAGCUGACGCGGAUUAGCCUGGAGCGCUGAGAUCAGUUUAAAACACGGAUUGUUCACCAUGUAUUUUCUGACGGCUUGGCCGCGGAGGCUGCUGUGUCCGCUGCAGAGCGCCGAGGAGCCCUUUAACAUCCAGCCGAGCUCUCAGCGCUUUUACCUCGCCGUGCUGUCGGACACACAGAUCAGCAUCUGGUUCAGCAGACCCAGCGUUCUGAUAGUGACUUAUAUCGAAUCGGAGAAGGCAUCUGCUCAGUUCGGCUUCUAUCAGCAGGCCGAAUGGAAGGCCGACGACUCCAUGAUCGCAGUAGCGGCUGCUAACGGAUACGUUCUGCUGUUCGACGUGGUCGGAGGCGGAGAUGAGAAAUAUCUGUACGAACCCAUCUAUCCAAAGGGUAAUGUGCGUGUCAAGGUUACUCCUGGGUAUAAAGAGGAACAAUGUGCUCCUGCACUCAGUGUGGAAAUGAAGAAACCAGUCGACCUGGAGGCUCCUAUUACCAGUCUUCAGUCUCUGCAGGAGGAUCUGUUGGUGUGUACAGCUGACGGCUACCUGCACAUGCUGCACUGGGACGGCGUGUGUAACGGCCGCAGAGCUGUAAACCUCAGCACCAUUCCCUUCUCUCUGGACCUGCAGUCCUCACGUGGAGGUCCAUGUUUGGAUCUGAACGGCGUCCACAUCAGAGAAAUCGAGUAUUGCGUGACGUUGGAUGGUUUCGCGGUCGUGCUCGAUGACGGAAGACUCGGCUUCAUCACGCCAACCGCUACCAGGCUCUCCACCGAGCAGUUGCAGGGCGUUUGGGCAGCAGACGUGACAGACGGCACGUGUGUAGCAGUGAACAACAAAUACAGACUGAUGGCUUUUGGCUGUGCGAGUGGCUCCGUGCUGGUUUACAUGAUCGACAACACUACAGGAUCAAUGCAGCUGUCGCACAAGCUGGAGUUAAGCCCCAAACACUACCCAGAUAUCCAUAAUAAAACAGGUCCAGUUAAGCUGAUUCGUUGGUCUCCGGACUGUAGCGUUGUCAUGGUGACCUGGGCAUGUGGAGGUCUGUCCAUGUGGAGUGUGUUUGGAGCUCAUCUGGUCUGCACGCUCGGAGAGGACUUCACUUAUCGAUCAGAUGGCAGUAAGAAGGAGCCACUAAAGAUCAACUCUAUGAGCUGGGGGGCAGAGGGUUACCAUCUGUGGGUGAUUGGCAGUACGGAGGUGGGCACAGAUCUGACAGCACAGUUAAGCCAGGCCUCCAUCCUCCAGUUCCAGUUCAUUAAGAGCGCUCUCACAGUCAAUCCUUGUACGAGUAAUCAGGAGCAGGUGCUUCUCCACGGUGAGGAUCGGCUGCUGAUGACGUGCGGAGAUGCUGCAGUUCAGAUACACAACCAGGAGCAACACUCGGCACGGAGCACAACACACACACAGCUCAGCACUUUACUGGGACACAAACACUGGCAUGUAGUGCAGAUUCACAGCACAUAUCUAGAAUCUAACUGGCCAAUACGGUUUGCAGCCAUAGACUCAGCAGGUCAGUGUUUGGUGGUAGCAGGAAGACGCGGAUUUGCACAUUACUCUUUAUAUACCAGGAAAUGGAAACUGUUUGGAAACAUUACACAGGAACAGAGUAUGACCGUAACUGGAGGUCUCACCUGGUGGAACGACUUUGUUGUUGUUGCCUGUUACAAUUUCAUCGACCAGCAGGAGGAGCUGAGAUUAUAUCUCCGCUCCUCAAACCUGGACAACGCCUUUGCCAGCGUUACAAAGCUGCACGCUGAAACUUUGCUGCUCAACGUGUUCAGAAACACAAUCAUUCUGUUUCGCACCGACUGCUCCAUCUGCCUGUAUAGCAUCGAGAAGAAGCAAGACGGCUCUUCGGUGUCUGUAGAUUUACUACAGGAAGUGUCGAUGUCACGUUAUAUUCCUCAUCCUGCACUGGUGGUGUCAGUCACACUCACCCCAGUCAGAACAGAGACGGGAAUGUCACUGAAAACCACACAGCAGGCGUGUAAUGCAGAGAGUAUUUUGUUGAACUUGGCCGGUCAGCUCAUCAUGCUGCAGAGAGAUCGGUCUUGCCCACAGGUACGAGACAAGGACACAUCAGCUGGUCAGAAAACACUGUUGCCUUUCUCUCCGCCCGUGGUUCUGGCUCAGUGUGUGGAGAGCGUCUGGGCCUCGAGUCACUCUGGUUCUAAGAAGCGCCACCUGGUGGAGGCUCUGUGGCUAUCGUGUGGCGAGUCAGGGAUGAAAGUGUGGCUCCCUCUGUUCCCACGCCGUGAGAACCGCAAACCGCACUCGUUCCUCUCACGCCGCAUCAUGCUCUCCUUCCUCCUCGACAUCUACCCGCUCGCUGUGCUGUCAGAGGACGCACUCGUUUUGGGCGCUGCUAAUGACACUCUUCUUUAUGACUCUUCUUUUUCCUCCAAAGACAGCCUUGGAGGAAACUCUUCUUCUUUAGAUGGCAUGGGAGGGGAUAAUUCCACCAAAGAAAGCCUUUCGCGCAGGCCCUCCACGUUUUUGUCGUCCCGGGAACCCCCAGAGACGUUUUUUCCAUUCUGUUUGGUAGAAAGGACGUCCCAGAUCUACCUCCAUCACCUCCUUCGUCAGCUGCUGGUGAGAAAUCUGGGCGAACAGGCCUUACUGUUGGCUCAGUCGUGCUCAUCGCUGCCUUAUUUCUCACACGUGCUGGAGUUGAUGGUGCACGUGGUGCUAGAAGAGGAGGCCACAUCUCGUGAGCCCAUUCCUGACCCGCUGCUGCCCACCGUGGCCAAGUUCCUAGCUGAAUUUCCACUGUUUCUGCGCACCAUCGUCCACUGUGCCCGCAAGACCGAGUUUAACCUCUGGAACUAUCUGUUUGCUGCUGUCGGGAACCCAAAAGACCUUUUUGAGGAGUGCAUCAUGGCCUGUGAUCUGGACACAGCAGCUUCGUACCUCAUCAUACUGCAGAACAUGGAGGCUCCAGCAGUGAGUCGCCAACACGCUACUCUCCUCUUCAACACGGCACUCGAACAAGGAAAAUGGGAUCUCUGUCGUCACAUGAUCCGAUUCCUCAAGGCCAUCGGGUCAGGGGAGAGCGAGACCCCGCCCUCUACUCCAACCAGUCAGGAGCCGAGCUCGACAGGAGGGUUCGAGUUUUUUCGCCACCGCAGUAUCAGUCUGUCGCAGUCAGCAGAAACCAUCUCUACAGGGAAAUUUAAUUUACAGAAAACCUUUAGCAUGCCUUCAGGACCCUCCACUAAAGGGUCAGACAUUAAGGAGAGCGACAGUGCUGAGAACAUGUACAUCGACAUGAUGUUAUGGCGUCACGCACGCCGUUUGCUGGAGCAGAUCCGUCUGAAGGAUCUGGGCUGUUUCUCAGCACAGCUGGGCUUCGAGCUGAUUGGCUGGCUGACUCGAGAGCGCACACGUGUUGCUCGUAUCAUUGACUUUGUGUCUGCCCUUAAAUGCCUCCAUAACGACUUCCUGUGGCCUUUCCCUGUUCUCCCUGCUGGCUCACCACUCAAAAACGGACGCUGUCGAACAGUGUUAAGCACACGUCUGCUGAAGUCUCAGUCUAACGAUAGUUUACUGAACAGCGAUAUGGACACAGCUCCACCACAGAUCACCACCAAUCACAACUGGUUGGAUGGACUGGGGGCGGAGCCUAAAGAGAUUGACUCGGCUUCGUCACAUGGUGCUCCACAAACACAAGAAGCUUUUCUCUCUCCACUCAUCAAUAAAACGGAGGAGUGCAGUAUCGGCUCAGCAACAGAUCUUACAGAGACCAGCUCCAUGGUGGACGGUGACUGGACGAUGGUGGACGAGAACUUCUCCACCCUGAGCCUCAGCCAGUCCGAGCUGGAGCACAUCUCCAUGGAGCUGGCCAAUAAGGGCCCUCACAAGUCCCAGGUGCAGCUGAGGUAUUUGCUGCAUGUGUUUUUAGAGGCAGGUUGUUUGGAAUGGAGCAUUGUGAUUGGUCUGAUUCUGCGUGAUGUCAGCAUCAUUAAGCAAGUGUUGGGCUUUUUGGAUGCUGCGGAUACUGAAACUGUUCAGAGCGUACAAGCCGGACUCAUCGCUAUUGACCAGUGGGCUUCAUCUGAUUGUCUCGGUUACAAGCCCUUCCUGAACCACAUCGCUCCUGAGCUGCAGAAGCUGUGUGACGUCUCCGUAGAUCAGGACCAGCUCGACUCAUUUCAGCCGUCCAUCUCCAAGAUGGCCGACCCCGUUCUCCCCCGAGUGGAUGAGCAUCGUGGGGUCACAGCCUUUACCCACCCCAUGACUCUUGAGAUCCCUGCUGGCUCCGCACCUCGUAUUAUGGAGGACAACCACAAGGAGGAGUUAGAGGACGAGGCAUCCGAGGAAGGAGCUUAUGACUGCACUCUGUCAUGAUUUGAGAGAAUCAGCAGGGUCUGCUUUCCUCUACGUUGUGUCCUAAACCACCCUCUUAUUCACUAAGCCAUGCAGCAUCGACAGAAGGACGCGUUACGGGGCGUAGCAGGAAGCACAGGCAGAAGGCAGGAACUUUGUCUGGGUUUCAGUUGCACAUCAUGUGUCAAGAGCAUUACGAGGACUUGGGCACAGCAGAGAGAACAUGGGAUGGUUUUGUAAUCAGGAGACUGGCUGUUUAUUCACUGUGCAGGACUCGCAUCAUCUUCACCUGGCACAGGGCAGUAGAGGUGUUAAACCUUCAUACACUACAUCAUACUUUAGGCUCACAAAGUGCAAUUUAAACUGUAACAGCCUUUAAAUCCGUAAAGUUUAACUCUUAACAACCAUCGCACUGAAAUGUAUUCCUUUAACAUCCACAUGUUUUUAUUUGCCUUGAAUGAACAUCAUUGGGAUUUAACGGUUUUAUUUCAGUGCUGAGUUCGUUUUUAAAAGCCGUGUUUCCAGGAAACCGGAGAGCCAAAUACCUUUCAGCGUUCACAAAUUCAGUAAUUGUUGUCAGAUAUUACAGAAAUCUGGGUUCCGGCUGCUCGUUUCAUUGCUCAAAUACAAGAGCUGGCAAAAUACAGGAAUAAAAAUCUUCGGUUAAACAUCUGAAAAUAUCUGAAAGUAGUGUGUUUUUUUUUUUUUUUUCCCCACAAAAACUACGUUCCAAAUUCUGAGUAUCUGACUCCUAAAUAAAAUGACUUUAAAGAAGGUCGUGACCCAAAGCUGAAAGAGGCAAACAGAGCAGGGUGAAAGAACUUGUCCUAAAACCUGCGUCACACUGCGAGGAUGUACAAAAUGUACACACGGUUCAAACACUCGCUUCCUGACAACCUCUAAGCUCAUCAAGUCAAAGGGAAAAAGAAUGUGGGAUGAUGUGUAGUCUACGCAGUGAAUAAGGGGUUAUUUGGGAUGGUGUAAGACAAGAGGUGUGUGUGUGUGUGUGUGUGUGUGUGUACGUACACCUGUACUAUUUCUUGUGUGAUGUUGCACUUCUGUCUUUUGGUUGAAUUUCCUAUUCAUCCGUGUGCACGUGCGUGUGUGUGCGUGCGCGCGCGCGCGUGUGUGUGUGCGCUGUGUUCUAACACCAGUAUUAUUGAUCUCUAUAACAGGAAGCUGUAUUUCCAAAAUGAAUCUAAUGCUAUAUAAUGAUGUAAAACAGAAUCUGGAUUUGUUCAUUCACACAAUCUACAAAUCUUGCUCCAAGAGCUGGAUAAAGAUGGGGGUCAGAAUUCCCCCGUGAACACGCACCGGGUUUCAGCAGCUAUGGUUCAGCUGUGUAGCUUUUACACAGUGUUUUCCCCUGGACAGGGUUUGUGGUGUUCGUGCAGUAAAAAGCUACUGGUUAGGAUGUUUGGUUUAUUAUUGUCAGAAUUCGAUAUUAUUUGGUUUUGGGUUUGGGCUUCACUUGUGCUCAGUUGUAUAGUGACUGCUGCCCCCUGGUGUUUCAUAAUCAGCCCCAUAAUUACACUUUUCUUGUAUUCUAUAGAUUCAUAUUAUUGUGUAUGGAGCAGUCUCAUCUACUGACCUGCUCAUUUUCUCUGUAAACAAUAGUUACAAUACUUAUCACUUAUCACUAUAUUUUAGGCACAUGACAAAAUACACAUCUACAGAUUUGAGAUGUAUUUUAUUUUUUGUUUGUUUGUUUGUUUUUGUUGUUAGUUCAGCAUUUCCAAAACAUUAUGUAACAAGGAACAGCAGUGAACAAAACAAACAUUUUAAUCUCCAGUCAACUGCAGACUAGUAAACGAUUCUGAGAAGGUAAAUGAUCAAACUCAAUGUUAGAUCUAACCCCCAGCCCCCACCUUCAGAUCUACCCCCAGCCCCCACCUUCAGAUCUACCCCCAGCCCCCACCUUCAGAUCUACCCCCAGCCCACCUUCAGAUCUAACCCUCAGCCCAUAUAGAUCUACCCCCCAUCCCCCUUCAGAUCUAACCCUCAGCCCAUAUAGAUCUACCCCGUAGCCCCCACCUUCAGAUCUACCCCCAGCCCACCUUCACCUUCAGAUCUACCCCCAGCCCACCGUCACCUUCAGAUCUACCCCUCAGCACUCACCUUCAGAUCUACCCCUAGCCCACCUUCAGCUCUACCCCCCAGCUGCAUCACAAGCACAAGUAAGAGCUGUCAGUGUUUCUACCACAAGCUGCUGCAGAUUACAGACAUUAUUUGCAUGUACUCUUUUUCUUUUCUUUCCCCAGCAGCAGGCAUGACUUACUGUAGCUCUUACAAACCCUUAUUUCCAUGUUGUACUGAUUUCUUUUCUCCUGUGUUUAUUUCUUUCGUCAUUAUAAAUAGGAAGAUCAGAUGUUGGAGGUUUUGAAGUUUUUUUGUUUGUUUGUUUGUUUGUUUGUUUGUUUUUUAUUCAACUGUGAGAAUUUCUAAUACCUCAUUUAUUGUAGUUCUGCAUUCACAUCACGUUUAGAUUUUGUUUUUCAUUAUUUCUCCUGUUUUCAGUCAUCACUCUAUUGCUUCUUGUUGUGCACCGACAUGCGAGUUAGAGGUGCUGUUCGUUUGUGGUUUUAAAGAAUUGACUUUUUUUUUAUUUAAUAGUUUUAAUCAUAUAUUCAGCAAUUCUCUCUCUGAAGAAGCACCCAGUCAUAGAGAGGAUGUGUGUACCAUUCAGUAUAUCUCUGUCGGUCUCGUUGCAAACCCCACCCUAACCCCCUGUACUGGAUAUGUUAAGUAUUAAUCCGGAUUAUUUAUCAUGUGACAAUGAUGCUUAAAAUGAGGGCUGAGAGUUCUUCAUUCUCACAAUGAUAAAGCUCUGCUGCAGUGUAUGAGCUUUACGCUCCAAUGCCCAGCAUUAUUAUUAUUAUUAUUAUUAUUGUUCUUAUCACUAUCAUUAUCAGUCUUUCUAAUUUUAUUUUUAAACUGUGGGGUUUUAUAAAGCUCUGCCACAGAGUACCACAGGUACGUCGGGUCGUUUUCGUAUGUUUUCGCACCUCGUUCACGCUUUUCUUUCUUUCCUUUUCUUUCUUUUUUUUUUUUUUUUUUUUUUUUUGAAAGUAAUAAUUCUAAAGCAACAAAGUCAUAAGGUACAUACACAGCAGUAACAGCAGAAUAUAGGUUGUUCUCCUCUGACCGAUUUGCUGUGAUACAGAAUUUGUCUCGUUAUUUUACAUUUACAGCAUUUAACAGAUGAGAUUUAACCUCGAUUCAUCGUGUACAUCUUAACUACAUAACUGAUUCUGUACUGAGAGACAGAACAGAGUGGAAAUUGCUGUUAGACAGAUCACAGCUUUUUUUUUUUGUGUGUAUUUUGAGCUUUGCUUUCUACCUUUCGUCACGUCAGUAUUAUAGGUUUGUUUCCGUGUGCGGUGAUGAAGCAGGAGCUCAGUUUGUUUUUGCAUUGUGUUUUUUGUCCUUUCCCUUUACCUUCUCCAUGUGGACCAAACUGUUCAGUUGUCGCGCUUCUUCAGGUCAAGCGUUCACUCAUUAGUGGAGUUCGCCAUGUCGUUGCAUCUGAUUUUGUGCGUUUGUGAUCAACAUUUCCAGCGCGUGUUUUAUAUAUAUAUAUAUAUAUUAUAUAUAAUUAGAGCCACUACUCCAUGUUAUUGCUUCAUUUAGUCUGCUUACCAAAGUGAUUUUCUGCCCACAUGCGACGUCGAUGUGAUAUAAAUAUGCAAAUUGAGGUAAUUUAAGUUUCUCCCUCUAUUUUAUUUACAUUUAUUUUAUUUCCACCUUUCUUCGGUAUCUGUCGAGAACAUUAAAAUGUAAGUGAUGAAAUAGAUGCAACGAGGAAUGAGUGCACAGCAUAGUUGCGUGUGUGUGUGUGUGUGUUUGUUUCAUUCAUUUUUAAUGAACAGGUGCGGUACAUGUUUCACAAAGGUCUUUUCUAAACACGAACGGAAAACAGAGACUUCCUGUGUGACGUAACUGGGGAAAUGUGCAGCUCGGCAUCAGGAACGUGUGUGAAUGUGUAUGUAUGUAUAUUAUAAUGACACAGAUUCCUGUACAAUUCACUUUUUCUACCAAGUUUCUAGAGCUUUUCCUGUACAUAAAGAACAAUAAAUUAUUUUUAAAAGCA